UUCUAAAGAUGUAGUCGGCCGUGGAAGACGUGUAGACGUUUAGACAUUCAUAUCAAGCACAGUGUGUAUUUUUCGGCUUCCAGUCAUAAAGCUGAUUAUGCAGAGUAAGUUACCUUUGGUUUUUGGUGGUAGUCAGUUGAGAUGCUGAGUCAUCUAAUCAAGUUUGCGGUAGAGGGUGCUGCGGUGUUCGAUUCUGUGAUUCCCAGUUCCUUUUACUUGGACAGUGAAGAUGACCCCAGCGAAAGCGAGGAAGUUUUGUUCUGUAAAAACAAUGUUUGCGUCCAUUCUUCCUCUUUAAGUGAAUCUCAUUCUCCAGGAUACUUUACUUUGAAAUCCAUCACCCAUCGAAGUGGACUUGUCCGCUUGUUGGUUGCAUGGACACCCAAUGCUUACUUUUUUGAUGAACAGCCGGAAACAACUGAUCAUCAGAUAAUGGAUGUUCGAGAGACGGAGGAACCACAAAUUUCCAAUAUUUCUAGAAGCACAGAGAAGUUCAGUGUAGAUCUCAGCGAAAUGAAAAGUGUCAGGUUAUUUAAUAAACAAGAAGAUGACUCCUGUGGUGAAUUAGUGAUCGGGAACUACGAGAACCACUACAAGGUAUUUCACUUUCAUCAUGGUGGACUUGAUCGCAUCACUCAGGUUUUGCAGCUUUGGGAUUGGUGUGCAAGGGACAUAAAUCCUCUUGACGAGGAUGAUCUUCGAAAGAAAAGUUUUACCAUGGUUUCGAAAAGAAGUCUUAUAGAAGGCUUCCAUCCGGAAGAAGGAAGAUUUGACCCGAUGACCGUCCUAACAUGGAAACAAUUAUUUGAUGAUCGUGGUCGAAUUGAAGACGUGAUGAAUUUUCGUAAGGCAGCAUUUUUUGGUGGACUGAGUCCUGAGGUUAGAAGAGAAGCCUGGAAAUUCCUCCUACAUUACCUUCCUUUUGGUUCAUCAAGCCAACAAAGAGAAGAAAUACGGAAUGACAAGAAAAGAGAAUACUUGAAUAUUCAAGGCACUAGACUUGAGAAGAACCAAGACGAAAAACACAAAUUCUGGAAGACUGUUGAAUGCAUUGUUGACAAAGAUGUCGUCCGCACAGAUAGAUCCCAUCCAUACUUUGCUGGCAAUGAUAAUCCAAAUGUUACCAUUAUGAGGAACAUACUCUUAAAUUAUGCAACACAUAAUCCUCAGGUUGGAUACAAUCAAGGUAUGUCAGACCUACUAGCAACUGUUCUGGCAGUGGUUCAAGAUGAGGUUGAUGCAUUCUGGUGCUUUGUUGGUUUGAUGGAGAGGAGUGUGUUUGUGACAUCACCCAAAGAUGAUAUUAUGGACAGCCAACUGUGUUACUUGCGGGAGCUGUUACGUCUCCUAGUUCCUCGAUUUUAUGCGCACUGUAUACUAAAAGACGAUGCCAUGGACAUGUUAUUUUGUCACCGCUGGCUUCUUCUCUCCUUUAAACGAGAAUUCUUUAAUGAAGAAGUUUUGAAAAUGUGGGAAGCUUGUUGGUCUCAUUAUCAAACCAAGUAUUUCCAUAUUUUCUUGUGUGUCGCCAUGCUUCAGGAAUAUGGAGGCCCUGUUGUUGACAAGAAUUUGUCGGCAGAUGAUAUGUUGCAAUUUUUUACGGAUCUCUCCAUGAAGAUGGAUGGAACAAGGGUUUUGCGCAUGGCACGUCACUCUUUAUUAAAAUUUCGUCAGUUACCUGGAAUUCCUUGCUCGUUGCGUAGGCUGUUGUCAGGUCCAGGAAUUUGGGACAGUGCUCCUUUGCCAAAGAUUCAGUGUGACUGUCUGAAUAGUUGUGUAUAUUUACACGAUGAAUCAAAGUUGUGUAACUGAGGGAGUUGCCUCUAAUAGAAUGCAAUGUGUGAAAUGAAAGGUCAAGUCCCAGUGGAUUUGCUUGGUAGACUAUUGUAGCCGGUAGUUCACUGGUUUUCAUAAACAUAGCCUUGACAUCAUGUGAGAAACAAUAUGUAUGUAAAAUUGUAUCUAUAAAAAUGUUUUUUGUUUUUUUGUUUUGUCAGCAAUUUUUUUUAUGUCUGGAUACAGGCAAGUGUUUUGAAGGAGAAGAGGAGAGAAAGGUUUUACUCAAGUUUCAAAUUUGUAUGUCACUAAAGGGCAGUAAUACUCUUUGAAUUGAAAAGUAUACUCAGUGCGUUAGGCCAUGAUCUUGGAGAAUUAAGUAAAUGAUUAAAAAAAUAAAAGAAUCAUUGGAUGGUUGCGCUCAAGGAUAGUAGUACCUAUGAGAAAUGUGCUCCCAACGGGGGUUAUGCAUUGAAGGAAAAUUCCUCUAACCACCAAUGUUUCUAGUAGAUCAUGUUCACGAUUAUUUCAAAAUGUCUUACUUUAUAGGGAGCAUUUAUUAAUCCUCGCGAUGUUGCUGCCCAGGAAGGGAAAGUCUGGGAAGCCUAUUUAACAUUCCAUUUUAGAGCAGUGUUUGUUGAAAAAAUUGUAAAGACUUAAAUAAUAAACAGAGGUGCCGUCACCUCCAGAGGUUAA